AUGUUGGGUACCGCAUUCGAACUACCAAAAUUGACCGGAAGAUACCUCACCGCUAAACUGGGUGACGGCAACGCUGAGGACAGCGAGUAUGUCGAGGAUGGAUUGACUCUAGUGGAACUGGACUUGAUAUGCGGAGCGUACGAAUGCACCGACGGUAAGUUGCAUUGCAAGUUCCUUGUGAAUGGCGACAUUGACGAUCGACAGAGCAUGGCCGAUUAG